UAACUCUAUUAGCUUUUCUUUCUCCAAACAUGAAAGGAAUGGAUAUUUUCUGUGCAUCUCAAGCUUCAACAGCCAUCUGCUCUAGCUUGGACCAUCGUUCCAUGGUCCGUCGAGGCCACAGACCACUCGACCGGCAACGUUCGAAGCCUUAUGCACCUAUAGUUCCAGGGCUGCCUCACCAUGAAAAGAGUAGAAAGAGCUCUGCUAAGCCGAGUGAUGUACGUCGAAAAAGCUCAGCUGAUAUUCAUGAUCUCAACAGUCCUCCUGGUUCCUCUAGGUAUCUCCUAAGUGAUACACCCUUUGUAGAUUGGUUAUCAGACUCCGAUCACGUCUCACCGGCGGUUCCGUCUCGUGGUGUAAGCACCGAAGAUUCUCUGGCUUUAAAAUCAUCUUCGUCGGCUCGGUCUCAGGACCAGCAGGUAGUGGUGUUGAGGGUGUCAAUCCAUUGCAAAGGAUGUGAAGGAAAAGUAAGAAAACAUAUUUCAAAAAUGGAAGGAGUGACAUCCUUCAGUAUAGAUUUGGCCACAAAGAAAGUGACAGUAAUUGGUGAUGUAACUCCCUCAAAUGUGCUAGCAAGCGUUUCCAGGGUAAAAAAUGCACAGUUCUGGCCAUCUGCAACUGUAGCAGCAGCACCUCCAUUGCUCAAAACUCCAUUGCAGAUAAAAAACAAAAAGCAGGACUAGGGUUUUUUCCUUUCCAAAAAAAACAAGAGUGUGUUUUCCCUUGUCUAGUUGCGUGCUUAGAUACUAAUUAACAUUUGAGUUUUAAUGUAAACAAAUCAAAUGUAAGCUUUUUGGGGGAUUAUUGUCAGAACAUUUUCGUUUCUUUUAAGAGCCAAUUGUUAAAGAUGAAA